AUGGGCUAUUCCCAAUGUCUGAUUUGUAACUCGGACACCAAAUGUUCAACAAUCAAGGGUGAACCGAUCAGAGUCCUGGUGACUGGAGCUGCCGGGCAGAUUGCUUACUCGCUGCUCUACAGCAUUGCCAAAGGAGAUGUCUUUGGCAAAGAACAGCCUCUUGUUCUUGUGCUGCUGGAUAUCACCCCCAUGAUGACUGUAUUGGAAGGCGUAGUGAUGGAGCUGCAGGAUUGUGCUCUACCGCUGCUGAGAGAGGUCAUUCCGACAGACAAGGAGGAAGUUGCAUUCAAAGACCUUGACAUAGCAAUUCUGGUUGGCUCCAUGCCAAGGAGAGAGGGCAUGGAGAGGAAGGAUUUACUCAAAGCAAAUGUGAAAAUUUUCAAGUCUCAGGGUGCAGCCUUGGACAAGUAUGCCAAAAAGACUGUCAAGGUUGUGGUAGUUGGGAAUCCAGCAAAUACUAACUGCCUGAUCGCAUCAAAGUCAGCCCCAUCGAUACCAAAGGAAAACUUCAGCUGCUUAACUCGUUUGGAUCACAACAGAGCUAAAUCUCAGAUUGCUCUGAAACUUGGUGUGACUGCUAAUGAUGUGAAGAAUGUAAUCAUCUGGGGCAACCACUCUUCCACUCAAUAUCCAGAUGUUAACCAUGCGAAGGUAAAUGUGAAAGGAAAAGAAGUUGGAGUUUAUGAAGCUAUAAAAGAUGACAGCUGGCUGAAGGGAGACUUUAUCCUGCUUAUCCCAGUUCAUGCCUGUUGCUACAGAAUAAAUGACUGUAUGCUGGCAAGCAAAGUUCAUGAGCCAGAGUGUAAGCAGAAACCUGCCCUUGUCCUUGAUCCUGCUGUAUCUCAUGGCCAAGGCAGGUUUGGCCUUCUAGGUACGUUGUAA